UCCCUUUUAUUCCUUUUAUUAAUUCAUCCAUUUUUUUAAAUUUAAAUUUUGAAUUUGAAUUUUGAAUCAAAAUAAAAUAAAAAGAAAAUGGAGAGUCUCUUGGGGCUUAUCAAAGUCCGUGUGGUGCGAGGGGUGAACCUCGCGUACCGCGAUGCGAGGGGGAGCGACCCCUACGUUGUCCUCAGGAUGGGCAAUCAGAAAUUAAAGACAAGUGUGAAAAAGAAGAGUGUUAAUCCAGUGUGGCAAGAAGAUCUCACACUGUCCAUUUCGGAUCCUUCUAUACCAAUCAGGCUUGAGGUUUACGACAAGGACACGUUCAGCAAGGACGACGACAUGGGGGACGCGGACCUGGACGUGCAGCCGUUCGUGCAGGUGGCGAAGAUGGACCUGGCAGACAUCCCGAGCGGGACGGUGGUGCGGACGGUGCGGCCGUGCAAGCAGAACUGCCUGGCCGACGAGAGCCACAUUGUGUGGAAGAACGGCCGGCUGGUGCAGGACACCAUCCUCAGGCUCAGGAAUGUCGAGAGUGGCGAGGUCCAGCUGCAGCUGCAGUGGGUUAACAUCCCAGGUGUUGCCCUCUAGGCCCCUUUUCCCACAAAGCACUUUGAAAGGAAACAAACUACUAAUAGCAUCCAUAUGGAUGAUAUAUUUUUGUAUUCCGUGUUUUGUUCCUCAAAUUUGAAAUAUUUUAAAUUAA